AGGAGGUUGAGCAACCAGAGUAGCUGUUUUUACUCUGUGAACAUUACACCAACUGGAUAUCUGGACAAGGAAACUGGUGUUAUAGCUUCGCAGUUUUGGACUGUAUCAAAUAUAUACAUUUACCGAACAGUAGAGGGCAGCAGCACGCCAUCACAGAGUCUGCUGAAUUCAAAGAAGAAGAGGUUUAAAGCUCGCUAACCUGCUGCUCAUGUAAACAACACUAAAGAAUGUGAUUUGGAAGUUUCAUUUAAUAGCCAUUUUCCUUUUUGUUCACCAUGACGCAGCCGGCGGAGAAAGCGUAUUACCGCUUUUUGGUGCUGUUUUUCAACUGUCUUCUGACAUUUGGCUCCUACUUCUGCUUCGACAUCCCCAGUGUUUUGCAGGAUCAGUUUCAAGGGAACCUGACAUGUUCCAAUGUGACGGUGAUCAAUGGCACAGUGGACUGUGUGGUGGGACUGGGGAUGAACCCUCAGCAGUACAAUCUUCUUUAUGCCAUCUAUGCUUGGACGAAUGCAGUAGUGGUGAUCAUGGCCGGCUUCAUGAUUGACAAACUAGGAAACCGCUUUGGAGUGUUUCUGUUCUCUUUCCUGUGUGUUUUGGGGUCGUCGUUGUUUGCAUUGGGUUCCCACUUCAAGGGAACCCCCUAUCUGCUGCCACUGAUGCUCACAGGCCGACUGGUGUUUGGAUCAGGAAAUGGAUCUUUGAGCAUUGUUCAGAACCGCAUCACAGCCUUCUGGUUCAAAGGGAAGGAGCUGGCCUUGGCGUUCGGUCUGACGCUGGCUUUCUCUCGCCUCGGCUCAGUCCUGAACUUCUUCCUCACACAGAAGUUUGAGGAAAAAUAUGGCAUGCAGUGGACACUCUGGGGUGGUACACUCCUUUGUUUGCUGGGCUUUGUUUCCGCGAUCCUUGUCAGCAGCCUUGACAAGAUCGGAAUGAAGCAGCUGGGACUUGAUGGCGCCAUCCAAGAGGAGUCCCGCAAAGUGAGGAUUCAGGAUGUGAAGCUCCUGUCACUCAGAUAUUGGCUGCUGGUUCUCACCAUCAUGUUCUUCUACAAUGGCAUCUUCCCGUUCAUUGCAGAUGCCAGUAAAUUCAUUCAGGAUAAGUACGAUGGCUACAGUCAGAAGGAGGCGGCCUAUAUCGCCGGUGCUGUUUAUGACAGCUCACUGGUCCUCUCCGCCAUUGUGGGCAUUCUCAUUGAUUGUGUGGGUCUGCGGGGCAUUUUUGCAGUGGCCUGUGCCAUCUUCACACUGCCUGUGUUCGGACUGCUGGCCUUCACCUUUGUCCCUCCUCUCGUCUCCACCAUAUGGCUCGGAGUCACCUACUCAUUCGCUGCUGCCAGUAUGUGGCCGUCCAUCCCCCUCGUGGUGCCUCAGGCGACCCUGGGAACAGCCAUGGGUCUGGCCACCUCCGUACAGAUGGUCGGGAUUGGUGUGUCCAAUCUGGUCGUUGGGCAGAUUUUGGGCUCCAACUCGAGUGAAACUAAAAUUCCGUUAUGGCGCUGGCAGAGGAUGAUGAUCUUCAUGUUGGCCAACACCAUCGGCUGCAUCGUCACCUCAGUGCUGCUCAACGUUGUCGACCGCAGACAGGGCGGGACCCUGAACAAGACAACCAAGAAGUCGGAGCAGGCGGAGAGAGAGUCCGACAGAGAGCCGCUCACCCAGGGAGAAGAGGAGCAAGGCGAGGAGGAGGAAGAAGGAGGCGAGGUGGUUGGAUCUCCUUCUAUCAACUCAUAGAUUUUUGAACAUUUCCCUUUUUUAUAUGCAUUUUUUAAAUGACCCACUUUUUAAAUUGUUUUAUUGCACACCUCAGUGAAAACCACACCUCUUCUCCACACGGUCUCUGGGCGUUUCAGUGGUUUAUGGAAGCAUUUAAUCAAAGAAAAUAAAUGAAACCUUGUUUUUACAGUGUUAUUUAAAACUAAAUAGUGUCAAUACAUUUUAUUAAAUGUAAACUAGGUAUUGCUGAUUUGUCAGUUUUACAGGUAAUUAAAAAAUCACCUCAUUUUUAAACUUAAGCUAUCGACUGUACAGCCAUAUGUGACAAUGUGAACGUUCCCGAGAUAACUAGCUCAUUUUAAUGUCAAGUUACCAUGCAUGUCAAUAACUCACUUUUUUAAUGACUUUCUGAUGAAAAAUUGAAAUAUUUGUACCUCCUCUGUAAUUGUAUAGUUGUAGAUUUUAUCUUGUCCUUUAAAAGAAGGGAUUUUGAUUUAUUUUACGUUGCCAUAACAGCAAAAGGGCUGUUCAAAACCUUUUUUCAAGCGAUAUCGCUGUUACGUCUAAUAAAAAAAAUAAACAUUUGAUAUCUACUUAUUGGCUGGGUUAAGUUUUAUAAUGGGUUACAGCUCAUUAUUUUACUUUCUAGCUCGCCACUGUAGUGUUUUUGUUUGCUCAUAGCUUUGUUUUCAGUUAAACGUUUUAAAAAAACCCGCUGUAUACUUCCUGCUAUGCACCAAACUAAGCAUGUUGCAUUAUCUGGCGGUGGUGCGAAGUCCAUAGGGGGUUGGCCUGGGAACUGGAAGGUCACCAGUUCAAGUCCCCGAAAGACCAAGUGCCACCGUGGUGUCCCUGAGCAAGACACUGGUUACCUACACUGCUCCCCGGGCGCCGUACAUAAUGGCAGCCCACUGCUCCUAACACUAGGAUGGGUCAAAUGCAGAGACCGCAUUUUGUUGUCCUAGUACUUGUACUCUGUGCAAUGACAAUAAAGUUGAAUCUUCUUCA